AUGUCAACUCUUAAAAUUAUUUCACAUAUUUUCCCGGCUUCUUUAGAGCGUAAAGUGCCUGGACAGGGUGGCCAUCUCCGAAUCGCUGCAAAUUCUUACGUGACAACGGACAUUGACACAAAAAACAAUUAUGGUAAAAUAUCUCUUGUUUUUGCACAUGCCACCGGAUUCCAUAAAGAAUUAUGGAAUCCUAUUAUAAAAAAAUUACAUAAACAAAGAUAUCGAUGGAACGGUGGUGAUAUCUGGACUUUGGAUUGUUCGAAUCAUGGUGAUAGUGCAUUAUUAAAUCAUGAUGUUUUACCUAAUAGUUUUUCAUGGCUCGAUUUUUCUCGAGAUAUUCUUCAACUUAUCGAUGAGGCAAAAAUUCAAAAGCCAAUUAUUGGUAUAGGGCAUUCCUUCGGUGGAACUUCCAUGUUAAUGGCAGAAACUAUUCGUCCUGGCACUUUCGCUAGUAUUAUUGCCAUUGAGCCUAUAAUUCAUCCUAUUUUAAGUAAAGAAUUUAAACUUAAUAGCACAGCUGUUAAAAAAAGAAGAGACAGGUGGCCGGAUAGAGAAACAGCACACGCUGGUUUUAGUAUGAACCCAUUUUUUCAAAGUUGGGACCCUGAAAUGCUUAAUCUUUAUGUUCAAUAUGGGUUAUAUGAAUUGCCAUCUGGAGAAGUUGCAUUAAAAUGUCCUAAAACUCAAGAAUAUUAUACAUUUUUUCACGAAUCGGUUAUACAAUUCUCAUCAUUUUAUCAACUACCGAAAAUUCAAUGUCCCACACUAUUUGUUGUUGGUACUAAAUCGACUUACGAUUUUAAAGAUUUGGCUCUUCUUAAAGCAUCACAAUGUCGAUAUAGUGAAAUUAUAUCCAUGGAUGCUGGACAUUUGGUGCCCAUGGAAAAACCUGCUCAAAUUGUGGACAUUAUUGAAUAUUUCGCGCGUAAAUUGUCGAGAAAUAAGGGUUUGUUAUAUAAAAAAUCACCUGAGGACAGAAAUGUACACCCGGUUUUGGCCAUGUUGUAA